AUGUUCAAGACUGUCUUAACUAAUUUCUUGCCUCUUUUCAAAGGUAAAAAUGCCAUUUUCAGAGCUGUGGUCAAAGGUGUCCCAACCCCAGAGGUGAAAUGGUCACGUACACGAAAAGGGAUGGAUGAUCCUGCCAAGUAUGAAAUGUCCUUCAAUAGUGCUACAAAUGAAUUCAUUCUGCAGAUCAACAGGCUGGAGAUGGAUGACGGUGAUUUGUACCGGUGCUGUGCUGUCAAUGAGUACGGGGAAGCUUCCUGCUCCGUGGGCCUCAGGAUCAUCCAAGUUGGCUUUAAGAAGAAAGCAAAAUAUGUUCCUGUUUGUGCUGCUGAGGAGCUGAAGAAGACACUCCAGGACUCCAAGAAGCUGCUGAGGAAGAGGGUUGUAGCACCAAAACCCAAACCCCUGGACAAAGAGGCCGUGUGGCAGCUGCUGCUCCACGCAGACAGGAGAGACUACGAGAAAAUCUGCAUUAAAUAUGGAAUUGUCGACUUCCGUGGGAUGCUGAGGAAGCUGCAGGAGCUGAGGAAGGACACAGAGAGUGAACAAGAUGAGUUAAUUCACAGUAUCAAAAACUUGGAACACAUCAAAGUCGACAAGGAGGGAAACGCCACGUUCAGCCUGGAGAUGGAGCUGAAAAACAAAAACAGCAACGUGUAUCUGCUCAAGGACGGGCAGCGGCUCCGCUACGGGACGGGGGAUGAGUACAGGAAGCACUGCCUGAGGAGGAUUGGGAGGAGGUACCACUUCAUCAUCAACGACCUGCAGCCAGAGGAUGCAGGCGUGUACCAGGUCAGGGUGGAGGACGUCCCUGUUUUCUCCACUGAGCUGGAUGCUGAAGCCAUCCCCGCGCGGUUCCAGCAGCCGCUCCGCGACGUGCGCUGCCCCGAGCAGGGGGACGCCGAGUUCCGCUGCGUCCUGCGCAGCCCCUGCCACCAGCCCGCCUGGCUGCACAAGACACACGCCCUGCGGGCCGGCCCGAGGCACCACAUCUCCGUGUCGCCCGACGGCCUCACCCACCAGCUCCUCAUCAGGAACGUGGAGCCCGCGGACAGCGGGAUGUACACGCUGGAGGCGGGGCAGGGCUCCUCCAGCGCCUGGCUGCUCGUGGAGUAUGCCAAAGGGAAGAAGAGACCGGAUGAGGAAGGAAUUGAAACAAUCGAAAGGGAGACAUCUGAGUGGCUGAAGGAAACGAUGGCAGACAACGAAAGGGCGAGGAAACUUCGGCGCCAGGAACGUGCCAGGGACGAAGGUCAUGCCAUGGACACCGGCGUGGAAGAAAAGGGCUGGUACAGGAAGGGUCAAGGCAGCAGCCAGGACAGAGGCCAAGGCAGUGGCCAAGGCCACUCCAUGGAUACUGAUGAUGGAAGCCACAUAUUUUUGGGAAAAGAGGGGCUCCGCAAAACCCACAUAAACGGAGGGAUGGGGCCUGGGCAGUUUUCUGGAGCAGAUCUAGAUGGAGACUCAGUGACAAAUGAUGGCAGCAUCUUUGGAUUAAAAGGCUUAGGAGGCAAAGGUGGAUUAAGGCCUGUGCACGGCAUGGACUCUGUGCCAGGCAGGGAAGGUCCUGGGGAUGGAGCAGGAGGAGCAGGGGGAUGGGAUUCUGUGGCUGGCAGAGGAGAGGGUGUGCUGGGUGCUGGUCACAUGGACAUGGAUGGUGGAGAAGGUUUGGGCUCUCAGUAUGACAAGGAUGGGAAUUUAGGUGAUCCCAGUUCCAGAGCUGGCUUUGGGGGUGUUGGGAGAUUUGGUGCCACUGAUGGAAGUUCUGUGCCAGAUGGGCUCAGUCCUGGUUCAGGCAGAGUGGGAGAUGGUGUGGGGGAUCUGUUCAGCAGGGCUGGCCCAGGGGCUGCAGCGUGGGGGAGUGCUGCAGAGCCUGCAAGAGGAAUGGGGUCCCACCAUGGCAAGGGUGGUGACCUGACUGGGGGUGACAUGAACGGAGCAGGGAUAAACAGACAGGGACAAACAGGGGCUCCCUAUGGCAAGGAUGGCCUGGCACCUCAUGCCAGUGCUCAGUUGGGUCAGGGGGGCAGGUCUGGCUCGCUGUAUGGCCCAGGUGGCCUUCCAAGUGGAGAUGGGGCUCUACCUGGUGCAGGUGGCAGUUCUGUAGGAGAAAUGGAGGCUUUCUAUGGUCCAGAUGGUCGGCCACUUGGAGCAGGGGCUGGUGGUGCUGGUGGUUCAGGUGCAGGGGGAUUUGGGGCUCCCUAUGGAAAGGAUGGCAUCCCUGCUGGAGCUGGGGUUGGUGGUGCUGGUGCAGGGGGAUUUGGGGCUCCCUAUGGAAAGGAUGGUCUCCCAGUUGGGGCUGGUGCUGGUGGUACUGGUGGUGCUGGUGCAGGGCCACUUGGGUAUCCAUAUGGAAAAGAUGGCAUCCCUGCUGGACCAGGUGUUGGUGGAGCUGAAGGUGGUGGCUUUGGAGGUGUUGGAUCUUUGUAUGGGAAGGAUGGUCUCCCAGUUGGAGCAGGUGUUGGUGCUGCUGGUGUAGCUGGGGCAGGGGGAUUUGGUUCUCCCUAUGGAAAGGAUGGUCUUCCAGCUGGAGCUGGUGUUGGUGGUGCUGGUGCUGCUGGUGCAGGGGAGUUUGGGUAUCCAUAUGGAAAAGAUGGCCUCCCUGCUGGUGCAGGCACUGGUGGAGCUGCAGGUGGUGGCUUUGGAGGUGUUGGGUCUCCUUAUGAAAUGGAUGGUUUCCCAGCUGGAGCAGGUGCUGCUGGUGCAGGGGGAGGUGGGGGUCCCUAUGGAAAGGAUGGUCUCCCAGUGGGAGCAGGGGUUGGUGCUGCUGGUGGUGCUGGUGCAGGGGGAUUUGGGGCUCCCUAUGGAAAGGAUGGUCUCCCAGCUGGAGCAGGAGUUGGUGGGGCUGGUGUAGGGGGAUUUGGGGCUCCCUAUGGAAAGAAUGGUCUCCCAGUGGGAGCAGGUUUUGGUGCUGCUGGUGUAGCUGGUGCAGGGGGAAUUGGGGCUCCCUAUGGAAAGGAUGGUGUCCUGGCUGGACCAAGCAUUGGUGGAGCUCCAGGUGGUGGUGUGGGAGGUGUUGGAGCUCCAUAUGGAAUUGAUGGUUUCCCAGCUGGAGCAGGUGCUGCUGGUGCAGGGGGAGCUGGAUCUCCAUAUGGAAAGGAUGGUCUCCCAGCUGGAGCUGGUAUUGGUGGUGCUGGUGCAGGGGGAGUUGCAGCUCCCUUUGGAAAGGAUGGUCUUCCAGUGGGAGCUGGUGUUGGUGGUGCUGGUGUUGGUGGUGCUGGUGUUGGUGGUGCUGGUGUAGGGGCAUUUGGGUCUCCCUAUGGAAAGGAUGGUCUUCCAGCUGGGGCUGGUGCUGGUGGUGCUGGUGCAGGGGGAGUUGGUUCUCCCUAUGGAAUAGAUGGUCUUGCAGCUGGGGCUGGUGGUGCUGGUGGGGUUGGUGCAGCUGGUGCAGGGGGGGUUGGGGCUCUCUAUGGAAAGGAUGGUGUCCUGGCUGGAGCAGGGGUUGGUGGUGCUGGUGGUGCAGGGGGAGUUGGAGCUCUCUGUGGAAAGGAUGGUCUCCCAGCUGGAGCUGGUGGUGGUGGUAUUGCUGGUGCUGCAGGAGUUGUGUCUCCCUAUGGGAAGGAUGGUCUCCCAGCUGGGGCUGGUGGGGCUGGUGAGGCUGGUGUAGCUGGUGCAGGGGGAGUUGGGGCUCCCUAUGGGAAGGAUGGUGUCCCAGCUGGAGCUGGUGUUGGUGUUGCUGGUGGUGCAGGAGUUGUGUCUCCCUAUGGAAUGGAUGGUCUCCAGGCUGGGGCUGUGGCAGGAGCUGCUCCUUUUCCCUUUGGAGGUGAGGGAGCGAUGGGAUCUCAGCAUGGCAGGGACGGUGGGCUGGGCAGAGCUCCGGGAUAUCCAGGGGGAGCAGGAGGAGAGAACUUUUCCGUGGAAGGGUGGGGUGUGGGUGGCUCUGCAGUGUGGGGCGCUGGAUCUCCCUACGGCAAGGAUGUGGGAUCAGCUGGAGCCUGGGCUGGUGCAGGAGCUGGUGGGAGGUUGGGAGGGGAUGGAAGGGAUUCAUUCCUUGGUAAAGGAGGUGUGGGAGGUGGUGGUGGACCAGGUAGUGAAUAUGGAAAGGGCAUUGCCAGUGAUGGCAGAGGAUCAGGGAACCAAGGUUCAGUUGGUGACAGAGGGUCACUGUCAGGUCAAGGAGAUGUCUGGGGUGAGGGCAGAGAUUUAGGCCAGUUGGGCUCCCUUUAUGGCAGAGAUUCCACCUUUGGAGGGGCAGGGAGCAAAUCCUGGAACAGACCUGCUGAUGGGAGCAGUUCAGGUGGUUUUGGUCAAGGUCCACCCAGUCAUGACCAGAUGUCAGCUCUUUUUGGUGGGCUUGCCCCAGCAAGCCAGAGGAACGAGGAACCUGACCUGGAUGUUAAAGCAAAGGAUCUCCCAACCAACACAGAAAGUACAGCCCAGAAGAGACGGUCCUGCCUGGAUGAUCUCAAAGUCCCCCGGUGUUACCUCAACAAGCAGCUGGCCACGGUCCGGGUGGUGAGGGGGGAGCCAGCCGAGCUCUCCUGCACCGUCAGCAAGGAGGACGUGACAGGAACCUGGUUUAAAGACGGGCUGAAGUUGACAAGCAUGCAAGGAGUUGUGUUUGAAAAGAAAGGUCUAGUCCACAAACUAAUUAUUAACAAAGCCGAAGACAUUCAUGCUGGGAAAUACAGGUUUGAAGGUGGAGAUGUGAAAACUGAGGCUUCAAUUUUUGUUGAAGACCCUCCACAGGUUGACAAAGUUCUCCUCAAGAACCUGAGCAGUGUCCCCACGGUGGCCAAGGCCGGGCAGGCAGUGAAGCUCAGGAUCCCCUUCGAGGGCCGUCUGCCCAUCAGGGCCACGUGGCUCAAGGACAAGAUGGAGCUGGCAGAUGACACCAGGAUCCGUGUGGAUAAAACAGACACCCACACCACGCUGUCCAUCCCCAGCUGCGACAGGAGGGACUGUGGGGAUUACAAGGUCAGGCUGAAGAACGACAGCGGAGUCCUGGAGAUCGACUUAAAGCUCAUGGUCAUAGACAAGCCACAGCCACCAGCAGGACCCAUCAAAGUCGUGGAGAGCUCUGCCAAUGCCAUCACCAUCCGGUGGCAGCCCCCGAAGGACGAUGGGGGCAAACCAGUGCAGAGGUACCUUGUGGAGAGGCAGCAGGCGGGCAAGAACGACUGGGAGACCUUGGGAGACACCCCCAGGAGCUGCACCACCUUCACCACCAACAAGGUGGAAGAAGAUACGAGCUACUACUUCAGGGUGAGGGCCGUGAACGUGGAGGGGACGAGCGACGCGCUGGAGUCGGGCGAAGUGAAGGCGGCUGGCAAAGCUUCCCCUGGUGCCCCAGAUCCCCCUGAGAUUGUCAGUGCCAGCAGGGACACCGUCACAAUAUCCUGGAAAGCACCUCGUAAAACUGGCACUUCCCAAAUCGUGGGAUACAUCGUUCAGAAACGCAAGAAGGGCACCAUGACCUGGCUGCCAGUCACCAAUGGGCCUGUGAAAGACAAGAAGCUGAAGGUGACCAGCCUCAAGAAGGGUGUGCAGUACGAGUUUCGGGUGGCAGCUGUCAAUGCUGCUGGCACAGGAGAUGCCAGCGACCCCUCCCCGCCCGUCUUUGCCCGGGACCCCACGAAAUCCCCGGGCCAAGUGCAGGAGCUCAGAGUGAGCAGCUGUGACAGCACCAGCGUGACCCUGACGUGGAACAGGCCCGAGGUCAAGGACGGGAACGAAGUGAAGGGCUACGAGGUGGAGAUGAGGCCUUCCCACAGCUCCAGCUGGACCAAGUGCCUCACCCUCCCUGCAGAGGCCACCACGGGCACCAUCAAGGGCCUGCAGCCCAAGGAGAAGUACUUGCUGCGUGUGAGGGCCCUCAACGACAGCGGCCCCGGGGAGGCCGCGGAGCUCGAGGCCGUCGCGGAGGCCGCGGCCCCGGCGGUUCCCCCCAGGUUACUGAUCGACGACACGGUGAAAAACCUCCUGGUGGUAAGAGCAGGAAACCCCAUCCGGGUGAAUAUUCCCUUCGAGGUAGGUGUUCCGUGGACUGGGGAAUUCCCUGCCUGGUCCUGUGCUGGGAUUUACGAGACAGCGGGCAAAGCCCUUGGCUGCCUGUGCCGGGGGCGCUUUCUGGGCGAGGGAAACAGCGGCACAAAUUCAGCUGUCGGUUCUGUACUGUGCCACUGUCCCUACCCCUGUGACAUUAUUUGCCCUCCCCUCACAGACAUCCCACAGCCUCCUGGACCACUGAGGUUGGAAGAGAAUGUGCCCAGCACAGUGACAGUGACCUGGGAACCGUCAGCAUCUGAGAAGUGGGAGAAGAACCUCUACUACACCGUCCUGAAACGGGAGUCCCAGAAGGGCGUGUGGUGCGUGGUGGGGGACCUGCUCUACAACAACAAGUUCACGUUCACCAGCGUGAUCCCAGGCAGGGAUUAUUACUUCAGGGUGGUGGCCAAGAACAGCCUGGGAGCCAGUGCUCCAUCUGAAACCGUGCAGCCUUGGAGGAUUCGAAAGGCAAAGGCUGAGAUCUGGGUCAGACCCCAGAGGUACAGGGGAGUCAACCAAAACCAGCACCCGAGGUUCCUCGUCCCGCUGAAGCCCCACGUGGUGGUGACAGGCAGUGAGUGUCACAUGAGCUGUGCAGUGGGGGGCCACCCCCCCCCAAAAGUCACCUGGUACAAAGACAACAGAGACCUCUCCAAGGAUCCAAACUACUUCUGCACAAACGACUUUGGAGUCUGCUCCCUGGUCAUCCUGGGGGUCACCAAGCAGGACGCAGGAGAAUACAUGGUGGAAGCCUCCAAUGAAGUGGGUCGUGUCUCCAGCAGAGCCUUCCUCGCCAUCAAAGACUCUGCCCUGUAGCUUGACCCUGCCAAGAACAUCCCUGCCCUGCUCUGUGGAUGAGAAGGUUUCAGUGAGGACUGGUCCAUCCUAAGCCUGUGCAUUUAUUUUCAGAUGUUCACUGGAGCCCAAGGGGUUUAUUUUUCACACCCAGUAAUUGCAUUUUGAACACGACACUGCGUUUUAGUCAAAAUCAGGGGGAAAAUGUUUCAAGAGAAUUGUAUUUUUAUUUUUGUAAUGAUCAUGGCUUUCCACUAAACCUUUAAAACACACAUUAGAAGCUUUGGGAACACAGAAGAUGAGAGGAAAAAUAGUUGGCCAAAAUGAAACUUUCCAUGGAGAGCACAGGCAGCAGAGACCAUCCCAGCACAGCCCUCACCUGCUGUCAGGCUGCAACAGGGACAUUUCUGGCCACCAGAGAUCUCUGGAGUUGGCCUUUCCCAUGUGGUUUUCUAAGCCAAAACAACCCCUUUGGAUUCCACUGCAUUCUCAGCAGGUUUCCUAACUCUGGGAGAAGCAGUUCUGCAUGUCUUGCCCUGCCAGUAGCAGCUCAGUAUGUUGUUAAAAAGAACCUCUGCCUGCUCAUUUUGACCUGGGUGAGAGAUGAACUCUCAGCCCAGGCUGGCAUGGAGGAGGUGGCACUCACAGUGCCAAUGCCCUGCUGGGGAGGACUGGAAUUCCAAUCUGCCCCAGCUGUGGCAGCGUGAGCAGAGCAGCCCCACGGCUGUGCCAGCCCUGAACUGCCACCCCAGUGUCACCUCUGCACCCUCACUGCCCCUGGCUGUGGCACUGCUGGGAUGGUUCUGCCUGGUGCAAACAGACCUUAAAAACCUUUCAUGUCUGAGCAGAAAUAAGAGGUACCAGCAGACACCUCCUGCCACCGUGGGGGGAUUCCACCACUGAGAGGGGGAGACUGGAAAGCAAAAUGUUCUGGGGAGUGCAGGGAGGUGUGACAGCCUGAGCACCAAGGUACUGCUGUGACAGCAUCCAGGAGACAGGAGAGAACAGGUCAGAGACUCCAAUUCCCUGGAUCCUCAGACAACCAAACCCUCCCGUGGGGCCGAAAUGUUCCCUUUGGUUACGUUUUGGACAACAUUGUACAGACAAACUGGAGAUUAUUGAAAUUAAACCCUAAUUCAGUAAAAUCUA